AUGCGCCGCCUCCUCGCCGUCAUAACCGCGGCGGCCGCGCGGCCCGAGAACGCGACUGAAUAUUUCGACGUAGCAUCACGCCUCUGGCCGCCCGCAAGCACCGCGGGCCGCUGCCUCGCCGCCCAACGCCAACACGGCUGGCGCCCGAAGCCCAAGGGCUCGAACUUCAAGACCCUGGGCACCGAGGGCGUGGGCCACCACCUGUGUGGAAAUCAAAUUUCGGACGCCCCGCCAUCGACGCGACGCGUCUUCCCGUACGUAACUGCAUUGAUUUCCACACAGGUCACCACUGGCUCGAGGGCCUGCCGCGGCGCCUCUGCGGCGGCGGCGGCAAGCUGAAGCGGUGCGGCGGCCAGUUUUCCUUUUCCAGUUGUGGCGGGUGUUGCUCCGAGUCGCGCGUCGGCGCCAAAGUUGUGUAUGUAAAGGCGCGGAGCCGCGCGCGCCGCGGGAGCGCCUGGCGCUGCUUUAGUAAUGACGCGCCGAAGUAUCCCGUCGUGGACAAAGGCCGCUGGCACGUCGUCCUGGUGAGGGACGCCGUGGCGACGCAGGAGAGUAUAUUGAGGCGCUUCUGGAAGUUUAGGGAUAUGGACGGGGGCCGCGUCGACACGCUGCACCGCGAAGAAGCGUUUUACGCCAAAGCGGUCGCGCGCCUCGAGAAGGCCAUCAAAGGCCUCGACUGCCGGCGGACCUUCUUCCUCUCCUACGACUUGGCGGCGCGGCACCCGCGCGCGCAUGCCGUCGCCUUCGCGCAGUUCCUGGGUGUGGCGAAGGUGGGCUUCUUUCGCGGCUCCGACAAUGCGACUACUGAUUGUCUGACGCGCGUGAAGCCAUGGUUGGCGCGCUUGCGAGCCUACGCGGCGUCUGAUGGCCGCCCGGCGGACGGUGGCUUCGACGGCGUCGCCCGCGCCUGCGCUCGUGGUUCAUCGGACCGCUCCUGCGCAGCGGCAUGGCGGCGUCGCGCGGAAGCGUGCGCGGCGGCGCUCGGGCGGAAGCAUCCGACCGUCGUGCCGCGACUGCUGGCGACGUGUGCGUAA